AUGGCACACCCGCCUUCAGCGGCCAGGUCUACGGUCUUUCACACAGAUCCACAUCGUGUAACCCACCAGGUGAAACAUGGUCCCAGAAGGCUCCAGAAGGCGCCCUUCCCAUUUCAACGCCAGGCGCCCUUUGAACACCUGACAGUGUCAGCACCUACAAGCCAGGAAAUGAAUGGGGUACUGAAAGGCAUGCUCUCGGAGUGGUUCUCCUCAGGGUUCCUGAGCCUUGAACGGGUCACCUGGCAUUCGCCGUGUGAGGUGCUGCAGAGAAUCAGUGAGGCUGAGGCUGUGCACCCUGUAAAGAACUGGAUGGACAUGAAGCGGCGCGUCGGGCCCUACAGAAGGUGCUACUUCUUUUCUCACUGUUCAACCCCGGAAGAGCCUCUCAUCGUCUUGCAUGUGGCACUGACCAGUGACAUCUCCAACAACAUCCAGGCUGUGGUGGCAGAUGCUCCGCCUUCAAGGAUGGCAGCUUGAAGUUCAAUAUUUUACACGCUUCAUGCUACACGUUCAGAGCUGAGAGGAGUAGAGGGUGGGUGUUUUCUCUGCCUUCUCUCACCCACCUGCACGCAGAAGGAGUUUCCUCACCUGGGGGCAUUUUCAAGCCUGUCACCUAUACCUGGAUUCACCAAGUGGCUUCUGGGGCUUCUGAACUCACAGACAAAGGAGCAUGGGAGGAACGAACUGUUCACAGAUUCAGAGUGUAAAGAGAUCACCGAGAUCACUGGUGGCCCCAUCCAGGAGACCCUCAAGGUCAUGCUCAGCACCAGCGAGUGGGUGAAGUCGGAGAAGCUGGUGCUCGCGCUCCAGGCUCCCCUCAUGCGGCUGUGUGCCUGGUACCUGUAUGGUGAGAAGCACCGCGGCUUCGCCCUGAACCCUGUGGCCAACUUCCACCUGCAGAACGGGGCUGUGAUGUGGCGCAUCAACUGGAUGGCUGACAGCAGCCUCAGGGGCCUCACCGGCUCAUGUGGCCUCAUGGUCAACUACCGCUACUACCUGGAGGAGACGGGCCCCAACAGCAUCGCCUACCUGGGCUCCAAGAACAUCAAAGCUUCUGAGCAGGUCCUCAGCCUGGUGGCCCAGUUCCAGAAAAACAGCAAGCUCUAGGCACCGGCCUCCCACAGCUCGGGUCCUGCUCAGAAAAGGGUGGUCUUUCAGGUGGGUCAGGUUGCAGAUCAGAAGGGCCUCUGAGGAAAACCACAGCUGUGCUGUGUGGCCUGCCCACAGCAGGGUGGCCCGCCAAGCCGUGCCCCAGCUGUCACUGUGCUGGUAAAGAAGUGCUGCCAGACGGAGGUGGCAGAGGCAGGUGCUGAGGCCUCUGCUGCUGCCCAGGGCCAGUCCUUGGGCCUUACAAGGACCAGGGCAGAAGGCCCCAGUGAGAAUAUAGUCUCCUUUGGAGCUUGGAGAGCAUAACUGUAGCCAUUUCUGUCCACUGGGUACAGGGGAUAAAGGGCUGAGCUACGUCCACCAGGGAAAUUCUGAAGCUUGUGAAGGUAUGGCACUUAUGAUUUGCACAGAAUAUAGUAAGUUAAUCACUGACACAGAUGCUGCUGUCGAGGCCUCAGUGGGGUGUAGCUUUCAAACUACAGUGAUUCAAGUUCAUAAUGAACCGAAUAGUAAAGAACAGGUUUGUUCUGUAAAGCUUUAAA